AUGGGUAAUCCUCUCGGUUCUCAUUCUGGUGUGCAUAAAAUAGGAUGUAUAUAUUAUACUAUACCUGCUCUGCCCCCUGAAUAUUUGUCAUCUCUGGAAAACAUUUUUCCUGCAUUUUUAUUUCAUUCAUCCGACAGAGGAGCACACAAAUUUGACAAUAAAACUAUGUUUUCUGCCCUUAUAAAUACUCUUAUUGAUUUAGAAGAAAAUGGUGAUAAUUUAGGAUUAAAUUCAAUGUUAGGCUUCGUACACAGUUUUUCUGCAAAUCAUUAUUGUCGCAUAUGCCGUUUACAAAAAUGUGAUCUUCAAACAAUGUUAAAAGAUUUAUUGAAACCUAAAUUCCACAUCCUAACCCACUAUGGUCGUCUUCUUCUUCAAAAUGGUCCAAUCUCUCUUACAUCUUCUUUAAGAUUUGAAGCUAAACAUAAAGUUUUAAAAGCAUAUUCAAAUUCAAUACCAUGCCGUAUAAAUUUAGGACAUACUCUAUCUCAUAAGCUGCAGUUACAAAUGGUCGAUAGGUUUUUAACUCAAAGAGGGUUACAACCUGACUUAAAAGUAGGUUCAUGCAUUAAAAUAAUAGAGUUCUCACAAUGUGUAUUAGAUUUGUUACCUAUAGAAUUUAAACUAGACACAGUUUUAGUGUCUUCGAUAGAAUAUAAAGGUGUUACUUUUAAACCUGCUAUGACUCCAUAUUUAGUGUAUGAACUUUAUUUAACUGUAGGCUUUGAUAACCAUUUUCAUGCAUAUGAAAUAAAAAAAUAUGAUGAAAAAGAAUUAAACAUUAGUGGCUGUUAUAUAAAAGAUUUGUCUGACAUUACUCCUACUGUUAGUAGAGUUCUUAGCAAUGGUAAAUUAUAUGCUACAUUGAGAUAUGCACUAUAA